AUGACCUCAGAUAAGAGACGCUAUUCUGAAACAGCGCGAGAAGAUCUGGUGUCGUCCGCACACAGCGGCACUUCGUCGUCGAGGUUAUUCAACGCCCACAGACCUAUUUCCCUCUCGCUGGUCAAUCUCACCCAAGAGAGCCACGGCGAUGCUAGGACUAGCCAAAGCUCACCGAAGAGGUCCCAUACAACACUGGCGGAGCACGAUUCUGACAAUGAUUCCUCGAAUUCGCAGUACCACGAGUGCGCUUUCAGCCUGCCAAACAACGACAAUGCUGAAGCCCAGGACAUACAAAGCUUGCAGCAGCAAGAAGCACCGUUCAAACGUUGGGUCAGCAAGCUCCGGAGAAAGAAGCACAAAGUUCCUCCACAUGUCUCGCUACGCACAGAGAGGUGGACGUUGGAUGAUUUUGAUAGAGCUCCGCUGCCACUACCGCCUUUGUCGCCUCGCAGGAAUCGACAAGUUGGAGGACACCAUAAGUCUGACUCCCAAAAUUCGUCUCUCCGCUUCAUCACUUCGAUACGAUCAGCGACGGCCACUGUCGCAAGCGCAAGCAUAGCAACGAUCUCUCGACGGGCCAGUAAAUGGCGGAGGGGCCACCAGCGGAGCAGUGUCGUGUCCGCCUCAGACCCUCGGCCUUCAGUGGACAGUGCACGCUCCAUUGUUGACGAGGCUGCCAAGCAGAGAUCAAGAAAGAGGAGAGAGAAGCUUGAAGAGCUCAUCCGGACGGAGGAGAGUUAUGUCGCAGAUGUCAAGGCGCUCUCUAAUGCUUAUUUCACAAUACUGGGACACCAGGAAACAACAACGAGUUUCGCGAGACGCACUGCGCAGAGAGUAAUCGCAGAUAUCCUCUAUCUCCAUGACGACAUAUUGGGUGAUCUCCAUCAUGUUGUGCCUUUCUCUGAGUACGAUCAGGUCACCGCCAAAGCACCAACCUCCACGGGCGCCAAGGUCCACAACAGGUGGCAUAGUGUGGACAUUGUGCCUACACGAGGGACGACUGGGCACACUGUUCUUGCGACAAUGCGUCACGGCAGGCGCUCGCUCAACCUCAGUAGAUCUACUGAGGAUGAGCAAGUGGUCCUUUCUUGCAGCCCACAGGUUGUGGCCGCAGUGGCCAAAGUCUUUUCGAAACAUCUCAAGCGAUUCGAAGCAUAUGAAGAGUACGGCCUCAACUAUGAGCUCGUACAACGGGACAUCGACGAGAUCACACGAUCAAUCCCCACGAUGCCAGAAUACGACAAAGGAUACGAAGCGUUAUCGACCUACCUGGGUGCCUUGAACAGUCGAGCUGCGAACCACAAGCGAGCCAUGACUGUGAAAGACUUAUUGAUCAAGCCUAUCCAGCGUAUGCCGCGUUAUGAGUUACUUUUCGAAGACCUCCGCAAGCUCACUCCAGUAUAUGACGACCCGAGUGCUCAUGUGUCAAUAUCUGAGCUACAAGAGCAACUCAAAAUCAUGUGCAUGCGAACUAAUGCCGCCAAAGACGACCCAGGUCGCGCAAAGAGACUGGAGACGACUACGCUCAUUGGAAGUCGCCUAUCGUGCUCUGGACAACUACCCAAGUCCAUCUUCUUACAGCUGUUAGGACAGGUCGUUAUCUGCGGAUGUCUACAUAUCGCGUAUCGAGGCAAGGAACGAAUCCAAGGCUCCUACGUGAUCUCCGUACUCUUCGACUCCACCCUGCUUCUCGCUGUUGAAGACGGUGAUCAUUCGAUGUGGAGCAUACUUGCAGGCGUGUCCCUGGCAAAUACUACGCUGCAAGAAACCGACAACCACAAAGGCCUCCAAUGCCAUACCGCGCCUCACUCCUGGAAGAUCGUCUUCGAGCAUCAUGCGAAAAUGUACGAAUUUAUUGCUACAGCUUGUUCUGCAGUGGAAGCAGAAGUCUGGCGGAGUAAGCUUUCGAAGGGGAUCGAGCGGGCUUCGCAAGCAGUGGCAGAAGGCAGGAUGAAUGUACUGGAGCUUCAAUCGCCACUCACUGACAGCAUGAGGAGUAUCGGCAAGGCAUUUGGAAAGCCGGGGAGCUUUGUCCGCCGCAUGUCAGUCCAUCGCUCUGCCACGGUCGGCGCCAUUACCGAUCUCAAUCAGGUCAUCAUCAAGAAUACACAAGCCGUGAAGGAGGUGCAGGACAACGCGUCUCAAGAUUCGCUGCAGAUUCCUCGCUCGCAGUCGCUUGCAACUCCAAGCCACGUCCAGACGCUGGCUCCGCGUCGUGCGGAAAGAUACAGACUCGAGGCGAUACUGUCUGAUGUCUGGUCAAAAGACCUGUUGCCCUAUCCAGGCAUGAUGCGUCGCUCGGAUCCCAUCCGGGCUGGCGCGAACCAUGUUAUUCGCAAGUUCAGCAUGGCUAGCAUCACGAGUAACUUCUCGUCUUCGAAGCGAACAGCAAGCUACACCAGUGUCAACUCCUGGCGUAGAGAAGAGAACUUCACAUCACGCCCCAACAAAAGCGUUCGGCGCGAAAGCUUCAACACUGCCAGUUCUCGGAGCACAAGGCCUUUGAUGCAACCAGUCAGCUUCCAUACUGCGCCUGAUGCCUUCCUACCAGCAGACUUUGAGCUUCAGGAUCCGGCCAAAUCCAAGAAGAGGUCGGUUCUCAGAACCCUCACAAUGACUAUGGAGCGCCCGUUCAGCCCUCUCCUGAAUAACGAAAACAAGCAACAGCCUCUCCGUAGGGCACAAAGUGUACGAGAUGUUGCUGAUGAAAAGGCGGUACCCAAGCCGUCGGCCGUUUCACUGCCGCCAGAGAAGGAUCCACCACCGCCGCAAACGUUCGUGUACAGUAUCGUUCAAGAACGAGCGCAGACUGCGGCAUCAGUACAACGGCAGGAAGACGUGCCUUUCCGUUCUGGCCAACAGGUGGCUCCAAAGACAGCGCGCAAGAGCAAGAGCAGGAUGUUCCGAAGCUUUUUUCAAUAG